AAAACGUGAGCUCUCUGCAGUGCAAGACUUAUCUGACUUUCUGAAAUCUCCGAGAGACUACUACAGUGAAAACUCGAGGAAGCGACAGAAAACUCAGACAAAAUGUACUCACGAUCAGACAGCGUGACCCUGACAGUUAAGCGGGAGAGCUUCGCCUUGUCCAGGAUGGCGACCCGCAGCACGGAGCCCGAGGUCUUCACCUUCGAGCGGAUACCGGCUCAGGCCACCGCCGUGCACUCCUACGUGCCCAUCCGUCCCAAGAAGCGCUGCACCCGGGUUAUGUAUCCCGCUAAAGUCCGCAUGCACCUUCCACCACCUGAGAAGAGCCAGGCCAAGCGCUGGCUGGUCAUCCUGUGCUUGGUGGUGUUGUGGCAGAUCUACACCGAGGAGCCCUGCGCCGAGACGUCGCUGGGCAGCUCAGACAGCGAUUACAUGGGUUUCCCCUUCCAGUCUGCGGAGGAGCAGGCGCUACAGCUCUCAGAGCUCAGCGCCAGCUCCGAGCUCCUGUCAGCCUCACCGACCAACUGUGAGAAAGGCAGAUCAUCCAGCGAACAGAUCAUCCCAAACACCACCUGCGCCAAGCCCGGCGAGGAGACCGAAACCAGCCCCUCAUUCGAGCAGAGCGCUGGGAAGAGCUACAUGGUGGCUCUGCUGGUCUACCACAGAUUGGGCAGCGAAAACUGAGCCCUCUGGGACUGGUUUGGCUGUAAAUCGCCCGAGUCUGGGCUUUUGCACUCGAAAAUGAAACGAGCUGGAGUUGAUCCUGGGUAGCUUCUCGAGAACAGCGGUGCACCCCGCGCAGCGCAGCCGGGAAGGAAGCUCCAUGUGUCGGAUUCUCCUUGCCAGCGGUCCCCGUCAGAGCGGAGGGCACAGUCUGAAAAGGGACACUUGAAAGAAAG